AUGGUCUCCAAUCUGUCCCCCUGCCAGGUUCUUGUGGAAACAUGCCCGCGAUAUGUGCAGGCUUCAAGGUGUUUCAUGUCGGGGGCCCGAGGCUCGAAGACAUGGCAGGAAUGUCCGCACCUCCUCCAACCUCAUCCAAUGCUCGUUUCGGGGAGGAGACCGGCCUGGUGCUGCCGCGGGUCCGUGACCGGGGUCCAGCUGGCGUGGGAGUCCGACUCGGGAACGCGCUGUGGCCCGCCUUGGUUCGGCCGAUAUCAGUUGCUGAUUCACUUAAGUGCACAAUCUUCCGAGUGCCCUGGCAACUGUGUGCUGCACUGUGGUAAAUGUUUGAGGAUGUUGGGUGGAUGUUCAUUUGCAGCACCUUUGACCUUCGAGUCUCUGCGGCUGUCUGGCUGCUGGGCACGUCUGGAGAACCGCAUGCGUCAUGGGGGUCCGAAUGACAGGUUUCUGGUCGCUGCGGCCUUGGCUAUGGCUGCAGACUUCGGGUUCGGCUUCCGUUUGCAAACCAGCGUGAGCUGGUUUCCCUACGCGGACAUGGGUGGGAUUUUCUCGAGGCUGCCUUGUACGCACUGGCAUGGCAGGGCCAUGGGACUCGACCCCAUCAUUGGCAGCCCGAGCCACAUGCGCUACGAGGAGCCUCGCCUACCCACCGGUGCAACGGCGGUGAUGGUCCACGGCUACUUCCAGAACUUGCGCUACUUUUGGCACCACAUGGAGCUGGUAAGGAGAUAUCUCCUCCCGACAAGCCUGGCAGAACGAGCUCAUGCCCUGUUCCUUCGAUGGCGGCAAGCGCAGCAUGUAAACCCAGCUGCGAGCACGCUGGCCAUCCAUGUGUACUUCCGCAAGGCCACGCGCAUAGCAAAGGCGCGGAUCAGGUGGCUGCACCGCGCAGACAAGAACAUCCACUGCGUGUUCUUCUCCGACGAGCCGGAGCGGCUUAAGUCCGGCUGGGCCACAGAAGUUUGCGCCAGGCACAGCUUUUUCGAGGAGCCGGUACGGGACGAUCUGGUGUUGGCCGUCCUGGCCGUCUGCUGCUCUGGGAUCGUGAUCAGUGCCUCCACCUUCAGCUGGUGGGCUGCGGCGCUGAGCGGCUACCAGGUGGUGGUGGCGCCGGGGAUGGCUGCGCAACCCUGUGCAGUGGAGAACUACACCUUGGCCCACAUUCCUGGCUGGUUGCGAAUUGCUAUCCCUUGCGACCACAAAAAAGCACAUGAGCUGUGGGUUGAGACCUCCACGGUGCCUUAA